GAAAAUACAAGAGAUCAUCCUCCUCCUCCUCCUGCGCUUGCGGAGAGUGUCGUGGUGAGGGGAGCCGAGGAAUAAGGAAGAAAAUCGAGAAUUAAAGCAAAUAUUAAUAAAAGAAAAAUAAGUGGACCAACAAAUAAACCCCGUUCUGACCAGGAGGACCAGUCCUUCAUCUUCUCUCGCCGCAAAGAUGGGGAACCGGGGAAUGGAGGAUCUGAUUCCUCUGGUGAACCGCAUGCAGGAUGCCUUCUCGGCCAUCGGGCAAAACGCGAACCUGGACCUGCCGCAGAUCGCCGUGGUGGGCGGCCAGAGCGCCGGGAAGAGCUCGGUUCUGGAGAACUUCGUCGGGAAGGAUUUCCUUCCCCGUGGUUCUGGCAUCGUGACGCGUCGUCCCUUGGUUCUGCAGCUGAUGACCGCACCAACAGAAUAUGCUGAGUUCCUCCACUGUAAGGGCAAAAAAUUCACAGAUUUCGACGAAGUCCGGCAGGAGAUCGAGGCCGAAACUGACCGAGUCACAGGAGCCAAUAAAGGCAUCUCCCCCGUACCCAUCAAUCUGCGUGUCUACUCGCCUCACGUGCUGAACCUCACUCUGGUGGACCUGCCGGGGAUGACGAAGGUCCCGGUGGGCGACCAGCCUGCAGACAUCGAGUUCCAGAUCCGAGAAAUGUUGAUGCAGUUUGUGACCAAGGAGAACUGCCUGAUGCUGGCCGUGUCCCCAGCAAACUCCGACCUGGCCAACUCUGACGCUUUAAAGAUUGCCAAAGAGGUCGACCCUCAGGGUUUGAGGACAAUUGGUGUGAUCACCAAACUGGACCUGAUGGAUGAGGGAACAGACGCUAAAGACAUCCUGGAGAACAAGCUGCUUCCAUUGCGACGAGGUUACAUCGGCGUGGUCAACAGAAGCCAGAAGGACAUAGAUGGAAAGAAGGAUAUUACUGCUGCUAUGGCUGCCGAGAGGAAGUUCUUCCUCACCCACCCUGCCUAUAGACACCUGGCUGACCGGAUGGGCACACCGUACCUCCAAAAAAUCCUCAAUCAGCAACUGACCAACCACAUUCGUGACACCUUGCCGGGCCUGCGGACCAAGCUACAGAGCCAGCUCCUCUCCAUAGAGAAGGAGGUGGAGGAGUACAAAAACUUCAGACCUGAUGAUCCGUCUCGCAAAACCAAGGCUCUCCUCCAGAUGGUGCAGCAGUUCUCUGUGGACUUUGAGAAGUGCAUAGAAGGAUCUGGAGACCAGAUCGACACGGCUGAGCUGUCAGGUGGUGCGAGGAUCAAUAGAAUCUUCCACGAACGCUUUCCCUUUGAACUGGUCAAGAUGGAGUUUGAUGAAAAGGAACUCCGCAAGGAAAUCAGCUAUGCUAUCAAGAACAUUCACGGCAUCAGAACCGGCCUCUUCACCCCGGACAUGGCCUUUGAGACCAUUGUGAAAAGGCAGAUUGGGAAGAUUAAAGAGCCUUGCACCAAAUGUGUGGACAUGGUCAUUUCUGAGCUAGUCAUUACAGUUAGGCAGUGUACCAGAAAGUUGGCUCAGUAUCCCAUGCUGAGAGAAGAGAUGGAGAGAAUUGUGACUCAGCACAUCAGAGACAGAGAGAGUCGCACCAAAGGCCAGGUGUUGCUGCUGAUUGACAUCGAGUUGUCCUACAUGAACACCAACCAUGAAGACUUUAUUGGAUUUGCAAACGCUCAGCAGAGGAUCAGCCAAAUGAACAAGAAGAAGACAGCUGGAAAUCAGGAUGAAAUCAUGCCGGAGAGAGGAGUUAACGAUCGGUUCAAGGUGAUCAGGAAGGGCUGGUUGACCAUCAACAACAUCGGCAUCAUGAAGGGAGGAGCCAAGGAGUACUGGUUCGUCCUGACUGCAGAGUCGCUGUCCUGGUACAAGGAUGAUGAGGAGAAGGAGAAGAAGUACAUGCUGCCGGUGGACAACCUGAAGCUGCGGGAUGUGGAGAAGGGCUUCAUGUCCAGCAAGCACAUUUUUGCCCUCUUCAACACCGAGCAGAGAAACGUCUAUAAAGAUUACCGUCAGCUGGAGCUGGCUUGUGAGAGUCAGGAAGAUGUCGACGCGUGGAAGGCCUCCUUCCUCAGAGCUGGAGUUUAUCCUGAACGAGUAACGGAGAAGGAAGGAAAGAGUGAGAGUGGGGAUGAGAAUGGCGCCGACAGCUUCAUGCACAGCAUGGACCCUCAGCUGGAGCGGCAGGUGGAGACCAUUCGCAACCUGGUCGACUCCUACAUGGCCAUCGUCAACAAAACCGUGCGCGACUUGAUGCCAAAGACCAUCAUGCAUCUCAUGAUUAACAACACAAAAGAAUUCAUUAACGCUGAGCUGCUGGCCCAGCUCUACUCAUGUGGAGACCAAAACACCCUGAUGGAGGAGUCCCAGGAGCAGGCGCAGCACCGCGACGAGAUGCUCCGGAUGUAUCACGCUCUGCGGGAGGCCCUCAGCAUCAUUGGGGACAUCAGCACAACCACCGUGACCACCGCUGUACCGCCUCCUGUGGACGACUCCUGGCUGCAGGUGCAACGGGGCGGCUCCGGAGGAAGGUCUCCUGCAACCAGUCCUACACCAAACCGCAGGGCUCCACCUGGACCCCCAGCUCGCCCAGGUUCUCGCGGACCUCCACCUGGGCCUCCUCCUGCUGGGGGACCCCCUGUCCCUUCUCGUCCCGGAGCUUCUCCAGACCCUCAUGGAGGGCCACCUCCCACUGUGCCCUCCAGGCCUAAUCGUGCACCCCCUAGUGUUCCCAGUCGGAGACCCCCACCUUCUCCAACCCACUAGGCCUCCGAGCUCCUUCCUCCCUCCUCCAUCUGUCUGCUCCUCCUCUGGAUGAGAGGCGUCUAAAGACAACAGCGCCACCUUGCUGUCAUCUCCUGCCUCAUCUGACCUCCACAGGCUCCCCUCCUCCUUUCCUCUUCAUCAGCAAACUCCUUUUUUUUUUCUCAUCCAAACCUCCC